ACAUGUGCGCAUGCGGGGGUCAAAGGUGACGAGCUCCACACAGUCGUGGUAGAAGAAGUGUGGCGGCUAAGCUAACCGAGCUACAUGUGGAGGGUAAACCGGGAGGCAUCCCCGACCCCAACUCUGUCCAAAUUCAUACAUUUUACCAGAAACAACACUAAGCUGCAACCUAAUCGAAAACAAGGAGUAAUAUCUGUUUGAAAUGAAAGGUAGCCGGAUCGAGCUGGGGGACGUUACGCCCCACAACAUUAAGCAGUUGAAACGCCUGAAUCAAGUCAUCUUCCCUGUCAGCUACAAUGACAAGUUUUAUAAAGAUGUACUGGAAGUUGGAGAGCUUGCAAAGCUAGCAUACUUCAAUGACAUUGCAGUGGGGGCUGUGUGCUGCAGAGUGGACCACUCUCAGAACCAGAAGAGACUGUACAUCAUGACACUUGGCUGUCUAGCACCUUACCGCAGACUUGGAAUCGGUACAAAGAUGCUAAAUCAUGUACUUAACAUCUGUGAAAAAGAUGGCACGUUUGACAACAUUUAUCUUCACGUGCAGAUCAGCAAUGAGUCGGCUAUUGACUUUUACCAAAAGUUUGGCUUCGAGAUCAUCGAAACAAAAAAGAAUUACUACAAGAGGAUAGAGCCUGCAGACGCCCAUGUGUUGCAAAAGAGCCUGCGCAGUCCAUGUGCACCACCCAGCGGAGAGCUUCAGAAGACAGAGUAGAGGCACAGCAUCCUGAAAGAACACACAUGUGCCCUCCAGCACAGAAACAGAACUGUGACAAAUUCCCCAUGGUCAUCACAUUCGACAGUUUCUUCAAAGGACGCUAAAACAAAAAAAAAUUCAAGUAUAAAAAUUGCUGCAUUUAUUUUGCAAAGGUCUUUUGUUAUUUUACUGCCUUCCCCCCUUCCCUCUGGAAGUUAAUUAAACAUUACAAAAGUUAAUCCUAAAGUUGUUCCUAAUGACAAAGCACCAACUUCAGACAGCUUUGGUCUUCGUGAAGGCGUGAUGUUUUUUGUUGUUUUUUUAUCCCCAAAUCAUACAGUUUGAGUUAUUUUUAUGCAGUUAUAAAACCUAACGGGGACAUAUCUACUUUGUUAAGCAAACGGUAAUAGUUGAUUUGAAGCAGUUAAAGUGAAAGACCAUUAUUGACAAACACAGUCAGUUGGUCAGUUUGGGGUGUUAUUCGGAGUUGCUCUGUGGGACGGACAACUCUUCUCUCAAUACCUGAACCCUCAAAUUCACGGGAAUUGAGUCUGACCAGUUUAUUCAUAUGUCCAGAGGGGAAGAGCAGAAUUGUUUCCCCUCAGUACAUGCAUAAGGAAGGUUUAACGGUUUGGUGGUGGUGGGAAUAUGUUAUCACCACAUUUCAUUUUCAGUCAAUUUGAUUUUCAUAGGCUGUUAUUUUAAUUCUCCUCAACUGUUCUUAUUUUUUACAGUAAGAUGGCAAAUGGAUCAGAGGUUCUCCUGGGUUUUCUACUGAGAUUAAAAAUUAUCAGAAGUCAGGGAACCAAGCAAAAAGUUAUAAAGUAUUGAAGUGUUUCUGAGAAAUACACUGCAUUGUCCUGUAAGGAAUGUCUAAAUAACUAGAUUGGCUAAAUAGUUUGGAUUUGGGCAUUACGUUUGAUCUGUGUACUAAAGAUGUGUGAGCAUGUGUGUCUCUAAACACAUAAGGGUUUUGAGAUAUAAUGCCUUAAACCCCUUUGGCACAUUAUGUAGCCACUUUGAGAAAAUGGUCUCCUCAAACUUCCUUCCUGAGUCAGCAUCUUUUGUUACACACACAUCUCCACUUGGUUUACAAGCUUACCUGCUAGUUGGAAGUUUGGUGGGAUCUCUUACUAGCGUAUUACCCAGAGGAAGCUCUGACCCUUCUGCAUGCAAGGAGAGUUAUGUCCUCUCCAAUGUAGUAUACGCAUGUUUUCAUUUUCUUUGAAGAAUUUUAUCUUUUCUGGAGCUCUAUAUUGUAAGACUUUUUAACGUCUAAAUAAAGGAAUUACUAUUUGCAGUAAAAAAAAUGUUGCUUU